AUGUGGCAGCCCUACAUUCCUCAUUGUGUGUCCAAGCUCUCCCAUUGGCUCCAAACUGUGAGAAACUCGAACAAGCCCAAGACCCACACAUUCAUAUGGAGAUUUGGGAGUAUAAAUAGAGGAGAUGUAGCCAGUACAAAUCACACUUACUCUACACUGAGAGAGCUCCAGCACAGAGACACAGCCAUGGCACCAACCAUCACUUCAGCACUGACCAUCUCAAACAAGCAUCUUCCUCUGAACAACAAGAUGAGGAAGCCGAUGGUGGAGAAAAUGCGCAGAGAUCGUAUCAACAGCAGCAUUGAGCAGCUGAAGUCUCUCCUGGCUACAGAGUUCCUCAACCAGCAGACUGACUCCAAGCUGGAGAAAGCAGAUAUCUUGGAGAUGACAGUCAGCUUCCUGAGACAAAAACAGCAGCAGCCUGCACUCUUUACCAGCUCGGAAGCUGUCAAUCAAGGCUUCUCCAGAUGUGUUCAUGAUGUUGUUCACUUCCUGUCUAAAGAAGAAGUGAAGACACAGAGCCAGAGAAAACUGCUGAACCACUUUCAGAACCCCAAUCCAUCUUUAGAUGAGAACAGGAGAGAAAGUGUUCUGCCUCAGCUGAGCUCUACAGAGCAGCAGAUCAUCAGCAAAGUGAAGAGUUCUGCUAAGAGUGCCCUCUGGAGGCCCUGGUAAAGGGAGGGUUUAAGACUCAGUUCAGGAAACACAAGUCUAGGGUUAGACACAAGUCUUGUUUAAAUUAAACAUUUUAUUAUUGUUUUAUGGCAUUUAAAAAAUGCUGUAUGUAAUGUCUAUUUCUGUUUUAAGAAACAAUGGCCUACAUCUG